GGCGCUGGGGGGGAACUGGGACAAACUGGGGCCAACUGGCACGGGCUGGGGGCGACCGCGACUCGUGGGGCCGUGCUGGGCCACGCUGGGACUGACUGGGGCUCACUGGGAUUGACUGGGAUGGGCCCCUUGGGGAGCGACUGGCACCCGAUGGGUGACACAGGGCCAAGCCGGGAUUGGCUGGGAUGGGCCCCAGCGGGCCCGGCCGAACCCCGCUGGGAUUGACUGGGCCGCACUGGGAUUGACUGGGCCGCACUGGGACUGCCCGGCCGGACCAGCUCCUCUCCCUGUGUCCCGGGGUCACCCAUCCCCCUUUUCUCCUCCCCAGCCCCUUUGUCACCCCCCAUUUCCCUCCAGACCCCCGCAAUUCCAAACCGCGGAUCCUCCCGUUCCCCCUCCCCAGUUCAAUCACCCCCAGCCCGGUGGAGUUCUCAGAGCUCUGUCCUUGCCCUAGGCCCCGUUUCUCCCCUUUCCCCGCUUCCAGCCCGAUGGAAUUCCCGGAGCACUGACCCCUCUCUAACCCCCGCAUUUUCCCCGAUUUCCCCUUUCCAGCGUGAUGGAGUUCCCCGAGCACUAACCCCCCAUUUCCCCCGUUUUUUCCUCGCAGCCCCACAGCGUUCCCCGCGCACUAACCCCCCAUUUUCCCCCGUUUUUUCCGCUGUUUUCCCCCCUCUCCCCGCAGCCCGAUGGAGUUCCCCGAGCACAGCCGGCAGCUGCUGCGGGGGCUGCGGGAGCAGCGCUCCCGGGGGAUCCUGUGCGACUGCACGGUUCUGGUGGGCACCGCGCCCUUCCCCGCGCACCGCGCCGUGCUGGCCGCCUGCAGUUCCUUCUUCCACCUGUGCUACGCCGAGCCGGGCGGAGCAGGAGGGGCUCGGGGGGCCGUGGUGGCCCUGAACAGCGACAUCGUGACCGCUCCGGCCUUCGCGCUGCUGCUGGAGUUCAUGUACGAGGGGCGGCUGGCGCUGGCGGCGCCGCUCGAGGACGUGCUGGCCGCCGCCAGUUACCUGCACAUGAACGACGUGGUCAAGCUGUGCAAGAAGAAGCUGCAGGCGCGGGGCCCGGCCGAGGCCGACAGCACCAAGCGAGAGGAGGACGCCCCCAGCCCGCCCCCGCCGCAGCCCCCGCCUCAACCCCCGCAGCCGCCGCUGGGCGAUGCGGGGACCCCGCCGGAGCCGCCGCUGGUGGACGCGGCCGACACGACCCAGCCCGGGGUGGGGGGCGAGCGACCCCCGCCCAGCCCCAGCAGCUCCAGCGAGGCCGCGCCGGGGCCCGGAGCCGCUCCCCCGUCCGCGGGCGGGGGUCCCUGGGCCGCGCCCCCCGUCCCGCUCGCUGCCAUCAAGGCCGAGGCCAUCGUGAUCUCGGACGAGGAGCCCGACGGCGCUCGCCGCCCCCCCCGAGCGGCGGGAUUUGGGGAGGGGGCGGCCGUGGCCCCGGCGCUGGGGGGGCUGCGGGAGCCGCUGUUCCUGGCGCCGCUGGAGCCCCGCGGGAGCUUCGGGCUGUUCGCCGAGGAUGCCCCGACGUGCCCGACGUGCGGGAAGACGUUCUCGUGCUCGUACACGCUGCGGCGCCACGCCACCGUGCACACCCGCGAGCGGCCCUACGAGUGCCGCCACUGCCUGCGCUCCUACACGCAGUCCGGGGACCUGUACCGGCACGUCCGCAAGGCCCACAGCCACGGCGGGCCCGCCCGCGGGCCCCGCGACCCCGCCCGCGACGGCGACAACCCGCCCUGACCGCCGCAGCCGCCCGGGAACGGGGAUGGACCGGGACAGAGAGCGGGGCGGCAACGGCGGGGAUUGGACGGGGACAGCGGGGCUGGGACAGCCACCCUGAUUGGGGACACCGGGAUUGGGACAUUGCUGUGACCUGGGACAACCGGGAUUGGGACAUUGCUGUGACCUGGGACACCGGGAUUGGGACAUUGCUGUGACCUGGGACAACCGGGACUGGGACAUCCGCCUUGAUCGGGGCCACCAGGACUGCGACAUCCACCCUGACCGUGGCCACCGGCACUGGGACACCUGCCCUGCCCUGAGCCUCCGGCCUGUGACACCUGCCGUGCCCGGGGGGUGACACCGAGCGCUGGUCGCGACCCUCGGGACCGCGACCCCGCCCCGGGGGGAACCGGAGGGGCUUGGGGGCGUGGCCUCGACGUGGGGGGCGUGGCCUCGUGCGGGUGUACGGGGGUCACGUGCGAAUAAAGCGACGCUGGACACGG